AUGCCCUCGUUGAAUCCCACUGCCGGAUCCCCCGCAGCCACGGCACCACCUGAAUCCUCCUCGUCGACAUCAGUCACGACAUACACAGUCGCAGCUACACAGCCAGCUGAGACCUCAGCCGCACAUGCAGCAGCAACGGCAACCUCAGUUACCUCACCGGCGGCGGCUCAGGUGCCCGCCUCGAUUUCGGUGCCCGCCUCAGCAACUCCUCUGCCUCCAGCACGCUCCUAUUCACCCUCCGUACCAGGCCGACUACAUGCUCACCGGGCAACGCUCAGCAAUGCGACCUCAACGUCGCUUUCUGUUUCAACAGCAACACUCAACACGACCGAGGACCGGCAACAGCUGAGUGAUCCCGCAGACAUCGACGCGGCUGUUCGACAACUGCUUGACCAACAGGCUGACAUCCAGUCUCACCUCAACGCUCUCCUGAUAGCCCAGAAUGGCUUCGAUCCCACCCACGAGCUUCAGAUGCUUAUGCAUAAGUCUCGGGUACUAGAAAAUGUUGUGCAUCAUCAUGGACUGGACUCUCAAGUUCCCAUCCUCUCCGAGGUUGAGGGGGCGCGAGCACUGCAAUACCGUUGCGAAUGUCUCGAGGCCGCAUGCAGCAAGGACGCUGAUAUUGACAUUUUGGAAGCACUCCAAUCGUCUUCGUCCCACGGACCCCAGGGAUUCGACAACUGGUUGGGGAAGCACGUUGAGCUUCACGACCCCUUCAUCCGUCAGGGCGCCACCCGGUCCUAUCAUGACAAUCCCGAGCCCUCAUCUGCGGCUGCUCCGCCUACCCAUCAACGUUCCGAAUCCCUCUCUGUAUUCAGGUGUUGGAACGAGCGCUGUAUCCACUAUGUCUAUGGAUUUAACAACCAGACUGAGCGCGAUGCACAUAUGCGCACGCACUCAGGGGGCUACUUCACUAAGCGAGAUUCAGGUCUGUCGCUCAUCAACACGCCUCCCCUCGUGCCAAAGCAGCCAGUCAUCAUACCACCGAAUUCCGCCGAUAGUACAGGCGUCUUUUCACCAACCAAGCUGCAACGACCGGGCGCGCAGGGAUCAAUGGCACAACCUGUCCUCGGCGUGCAAACACAGCCUGCCAGCAGACGAGGCUCUGCAGUUGGCUUCAACCUUCCGAGCAGCCGCCCCCCCACCAGAGGCGCAUCAGUUGAGCAUGAUCUUGACCCCUUACUUCCACCUCUCAAGAGGAGCAGAGUCGGGCACUCGCGGCUUCAGUCUAUUGGUGAGCUCCAACUACUACGCGACCAUGACCCUUGUCUUCGGUGCAAAGUGUCGCACAGGGCUUGUGACGCCGGUCGCCCCUGUAAUUACUGUUUGGAGCAUCCGCCAUCGAGUUCUGAGGAGCACUGGAAGAUUCUAGGCUGUUAUGGAGGCUCUAUCGCCUCUCUGGUGGAUGUUUUUAUGCCUGCUCCCGUCUCGCCCAGGCAGACUAGAACACCGGUAACAUCACCGCUGGCACAACGACGCACUGCCAAUGACUAUCUUCAGAGGAUGUACGCAUUUCCAGAUAACACCAUGGAUGUUGUCAAGGAAGUACUCGACUUCAAGGACAACUUUUGGUGGUCCGGGCAACUGGACCAACGACCAAGCUCCAUCCUCCAUGCGAGCGACUCGAGCCGCGAUACGUCCUAUUCUGCACCACCCAUUCUCGUCGCGCUGGCGUCCAGUCACAAUUGCCAAGACACGACGUACGAUCUGCUGGAACUGCUCAACAUCACGGGCUUCCUGUCCGCCACCCGAACGGCCGAGGAGGCUACCUACCCCGUACUAUACAGGGCCAAGCUCCUGCUCAGGGAGGUGGUCUUUCUCGACGUUGUGCAAAACGAGCCAGCAAUCGAAACAGAUCUGCACCACCAGCGCAUGAACCCACCGGAAGAGAUCGACUCGGACGAGCAACUCCGGUUGGUGCAGGACUGCCUUGCCCGUUACCUUCAGGUAUUCGAAGCCACACUGUCGGUGAAGAGCAGUCUUCGCGUCAGAGAGUGGCUCGCAUUCUUCCACUCGCUGUGCAUUUUCAGUGUGGUGCGGACGAUCCUGGCGGACAUGGCCAUGCUUUCGCCGCAGGCGCCGCUGCUCCGUCGGUCCACGGGAACAACCACUGCGCAGAGCAUCCGCACUAUGCACAGCGCUUAUAAAGCUGUCGUGGAGUAUUUCGCCGCCUCGGGUCCUGCUCCCAUGGACAGCCUAGCCAAUGAUGCGAGUGAGGAGGACAUGUCCAUUCUUGACGCAACCAGCCAGGUGACGAGGAGGGAGAUGUGGCGAGCUAGGGGCAUGCAGUCCAGCUUCGACUUUCUGAUGAGUCUCGGUGACACUGGCCACGACAAUACCACUUUUUUCGGGUUUAUCAGGCCGCGUCACAGCCGGGUUGAGCUGCACUCAGAUCAGCUCCCUUCGGCUGUAGAACCCGGCGGCGAAACGCCACGGGUUGGGAGCUUGUUCAGGCCAGGCGUUUUGUGGGAUUCGCCAGUUGAAGCCAAGCCCGAAGAGUCACCUCAUCACCCUGGAGAUGUACUCAAGUCGCCUCGCUCUCAGGUGCAUGGGAAGAGCCGUCGGCAUACACUCGCCGAACCCCCCAUGUUUCUGCAGCGACCGCAGCACCUAAUCAACACGCCCAUGGCACCCUCGCGAUUCAAGGCAUAUCAAAGAAUGCCAGUACGACGUGUGUUCUGCACGAAAUGCAAUGAGCAUCCAGAAGGAUUCAGAGGGGAGCACGAGUUGCGGCGGCACGCUGAUGCUAAACAUGCCAAGCUUGUCAAGCGAUAUGUGUGCAAGGAACCGGAAAGCCAGGCGCCCAACGCCCCCCAGCCUGUGAUUGCCCUGUCUAAAUGCAAGGCCUGCUUGACGCGGAAGCAGUACGGUGCAUACUACAAUGCGGCGGCCCAUUUACGGCGUGCUCACUUUAACCCGCACAAGGGAGGCAAGGCAAGUGGUGACUGGCCUUCGAUGAUUGUUCUUCGCGAAUGGAUGCACGAGGUGCACCAUCAUGCUGACCAUCCGCAAGACGAUGAAUCGUCCAGUGGUGGUGACAAUGAGGAGAUGAAAGCCCCCACGCCGGCAAGUGACUUCUACGGCCCCGGCGGGACAUCAAUGCUGGAUACCACACGCACGGGGCUUGGACAGCCGUCGUCGUCGGCCUAUCAGCUAGUCUCGCCUGCUACGGACGGUCCGUGGAGUGCCAUCCAGGACAGCCCGUCGACACGGUCGGCAGCCGGCGAUCAUCGCAACCGCUGUCCUUUCCCCGACUGCGGCCGCAUCUUCAAAGAUCUCGCAGCCCACCUCCUGACACACCAGGAGGAACGGCCGGAGAAGUGCCCUAUCGAAUCGUGCGAGUAUCAUACAAAGGGCUUCGCGCGCAAGUACGACAAAAACCGCCACGCUUUGACGCAUUACAAGGGAACCAUGGCGUGCCCCUUUUGCGCCGGCGUGGGCACCGCGUACGAGAAGACGUUCAAUCGAGCCGACGUGUUUAAGCGGCACCUGACGUCGACGCACAAUGUAGAGCAGACACCGCCCAACACGCGCAAGUUUGUCAUUGGGGAGUCGGGUGUCGUCACGGCCACGGUCCCGUCCGCGUCGGGGGACGUUGCCGGCGGCGGCGCCCUGUGCUCCAUCUGCCACACGCGGUUCGCCAGCGCGCAGGACUUUUAUGAGCAUCUUGACGAUUGCGUGCUGAGUGCCAUUGUGCCCCAAUCGCAGCAGCAGCAGCAGAAGAUACCGACGCCUCGCCAACCACCGUAUCAACCUCCACAGCCUGAAUCAUCAUACUCCACGCACCGCGUACAUGAGCUACCCACACCGACGAGCAGUAAUCGACGGGCACCACCAGAGGAGGUGGAUUGGCGGUCUUGA